UCUGCAUUAAUCAUUGAUGAUUCCCCAUGUCAAACAGCUCAGUUUUGGGCCACUAGAGGGAAAGCUAAAACCCCACCACACCCAUCAACCUUUAUUCUCCAUCUUUUUUCCCUUGAAGAAGAAGAGAUCAAAGGAAGGAAGAAAAGCUUUCAAACCUACCUCUUUCUCUCUCUCUCUCUCUCAGCUUUCAUCGCCGAGGGACUGUGAUCACUGCGAAAGAGGGGACAUUAGCUGGUUUGACGUUCAAGGCCCGGCACCACCCACCGCCGAUUACGGAAUUCUUACAGACGGAAACAAAGUGAAGAAAUAGAAACUGUAGAAUUAGUAUUAAAAAGGUCAAACAAACAAUUUCCUUUUCAGCCUACUUUCUUCUUCAUCCCCAUCCCCACAUUUGCUCCUCUCUUCCUCUUUCUUUUUUCUGGUUUUUCCACAGCCUUUCUUCUGCUCUUACGGUCUUACCCACUUUGCUCACGCUCCCACAGAAGAACAAUUAGACCACAUUUUGUCAGGUCAACUCUGUUUCAUCCUUGCUCAUUUGUUUCUCAGAGUUUAUACUUUUCUGCACAAACAAACCCAUUUGGAUGCCUGUCUGGCUAACCGGUGAAAACAAUGAUAUAAGCUUUUGAUUCUUCAUCUGGGUCGUUAAAUUUUAGGGAAUUCUCGGCUCCUUUCUUUGGUCCUGCCUCCGUUUUUUGUAUAAUUUGGGUCAGUUUUUCAUGGAGAAGGAGAAGCUCUUCAUGAAUUCAGGCAGCCCACCUCCCCUGAGCUAUGCCGCCUCACCUUCAUCGCCACCCCCAACCUGGCACUCCUCAUCUUCUGGCAUGGAGGUUCAAGUUGGAGAGCUGAAUUGUUCUUCAGAGCAGAUACCCAAUUGCUACGUCAACCUCAAUUGGGAGAAUCCAAUGGAUCAGAACAGCGCAUUUGAAUCCGCCUUGAGAUCGAUGGUUUCUUCCCCUGCAGCGUCAAAUGCCACCGUCCCUUCCGACCCCCUCGCCCUCAGAGAACUCAUUGGGAGAUUAGGGAACAUGGGGAACUCCGGCGAUAUCUCGCCGUCGUCACAGACAUUAGGAGGAAGUUCAGUUUCUUACACCGGGGGGAAUAACAGUACCAACACUUCCUGUUACAGCACCCCAUUGAAUUCCCCACCUAAGCUUAAUCUCUCCAUGAUGGAUCAUCAAAUCAGGGGAAAUUUACCCAUUUUGGGGAAUUCAAUGCCAACCCAUCCUGGUUUGGCCUCCUUCUUGGCUGAUACUGGAUUUGUCGAAAGGGCUGCCAGGUUCUCCUGCUUUGGCAGUGGGAGUUUCCGUGGACUACCAGGCCAAUUCCGGUUCAAUGAAAACGAACUCCCUUACAGACCAGCACCAAGGCUGGAAAAUGGGAAGCUUUCAAGAGUCUCCAGCAGCCAGUCUCUCAAGGCUGCUGGAUCCCAUUUGGGUGGUGAAGAGAACAAAGAUCCCUCCCUGCAGAACGGGGUGGAGACAGAACUGAGAUCAGCCUCUGCAUCAGCUUUGGCUUCAGACAGGAAAUUCAGGAGAUCCCCGGAUGGAGAAGACAUUGCAAAUGCCCAGGAAUUGUCGCCUUCAGAUCAGAUCCCAGGUGGAGAUUCCAGCUUCAAAGGCUCCAACGAUGCCAAUGCUAGAAAAAGAAAAGCAGCUCCCAGAGGAAAAGCAAAGGAGCUCCCACUAUCAUCUCCCCAUGGGAAGGAUGCAAAGGCAGCAGCAGAGGAGGACCCUAAUGCAAAGAAAUGCAAAUUAGCUGACAGCACUGACAAUGAAAAUAAUUCAGUAAAGGAAAAGCCUGAACCAAGUGGGAGUACUAAAACUACAAUGGGUGCAGAUCAAAAAGAAUCUAAAGAGACCCAAAAGCCUCCAGAGCCUCCAAAGGACUACAUACAUGUCAGAGCAAGAAGAGGCCAAGCUACAGACAGCCAUAGUCUUGCCGAAAGGGUACGACGAGAGAAGAUCAGUGAACGGAUGAAAUUCCUUCAAGAUCUUGUACCAGGUUGCAAUAAGGUUACUGGUAAAGCAACUAUGCUAGAUGAAAUUAUAAAUUAUGUUCAGUCUCUGCAGAGACAAGUUGAGUUCCUGUCCAUGAAGUUGGCCACUGUGAACCCCAGGAUGGACUUCAACAUGGAAUCUCUACUUUCAAAGGAUAUACUUCAAUCACGGGCUUCUUUACCACAUACAGUUUAUCCAUUAGAUUCCUCGGCUUCAACCUUCCCUUUUGGCCAACAUACUCGGCAAGGACUACCCCUUCAAAGUGGUAUUUCUAACGUCACAGAUACACACUGCUCAGCGAACCCAUUAGACGCAGCGCUUCGUCAAAACAUUGGCAUGCAAUUACCCCCUGUUAAUGGAUUUGGAGAAAGUGCUCCUCAGAUUUCAACAUUCUGGGAGGACGACCUCCAAAGUGUUGUUCAGAUGGGUUUUGGACAAAACCAGAGCCAAACAGCAUUCCAUCCUCAAAAUUUCCAUGGAUCAUUACCCACUGCCCACAUGAAAAUUGAGCUAUGAUAACCAUUGAUAGAUCUUCAAUUCCAUCCAGGCCCCAGUGAAUGAGGCAUUUGUAUAUAAAAGAUAUGCUCAUUCUGACUGGCCGCCAAGCGAGCUCCUGAACUGUUAUUGAUCAAUAGGCCCGAGCAAGAGAACAUUUUCCUUUUUUUUUCCUUCUCUUUCUCUCUCUUCUUUUAUUUUUUUUUAUCAUUUCUGUAAUUGAUUCUUUCAGAGAAUUCUUACAAGCAUCCACUGUAAAAUUGUAGAGCUAAUUGCAUCCUCUGGUGCAAAACAUCGUAACACCAAAUAUGUGAUGAACAUGGAAGGGAAGAUGGGUGGAAGAGGAGGAGGGAGGAGUUCUGACACCACCAUCUGUCCAAGUCCAACCUUGUUGGGCACAUUACCUUACCAUUUAGAAAUAGUAGUAUUAAUUCAUUGAGGCUUUUUAUGUGUCAUUUAACCAAUCUUCUGUUACUGUUAUUGUUGCAGUUGGACAAAAGUUUAAAGUUC